AUGACGUCUAGAUCUAAUAAUCCCCUUGGCCCACCAGCCAAUAUCGACCCGAAGAGCUUACCUGCAUUGCAGAAAUAUCCCUUUGGCAAGAUCGAGCCUAAUUCACCCAAGUAUUUCUUGUCAUGCAUGCUCGGUGGAAUUGUCGCUUGUGGCCCGACCCACACUUUCGUCACACCCCUUGAUCUCGUCAAGACGAGACGACAGGUUGAUUCGAAGCUCUACAAAUCAAAUGUCCAAGGGUGGAAAUUGAUAUAUGCAAAGGAAGGGAUUAGAGGGGUUUUCACGGGUUGGUCUCCGACUCUUGUCGGAUACUCCUUCCAAGGAUUUGGAAAAUAUGGAUUCUAUGAGAUCUUCAAGCAUAUCUAUGGGGAUAAUAUUUUCCCUGGGAUGAAUCGCACAGUCGUUUAUCUUGGCGCUUCUGCGUCUGCUGAAUUCAUCGCUGAUAUCCUACUAUGCCCAUUCGAGGCGUUGAAAGUCAAGAUGCAGACCACUGUCCCGCCAUAUGCAAAAAAUCUGCGACAGGCGUGGGCAAAGACUACUGCCGAAGGUGGGAUGGCAAAACUUUAUGCUGGAAUUGUUCCAUUGUGGGGACGGCAAAUCCCCUAUACGAUGUGCAAGUUCGCCACUUUUGAAGAGACUGUCAACUUGAUUUACAAGAAAGGUUUGAGCGGCAGGAAGGAAGAUUAUGGCAAGUUGGUCCAGACUGGAGUCAGCUUUUUGGGGGGCUACAUUGCUGGCGUGGCAUGUGCCGUAGUGUCGCAUCCAGCCGAUGUUAUGGUCUCCAAGUUGAACUCGGAACGGAAAGCUUCUGAAUCUGCGGCAAGGGCGAUGACCCGAAUUUAUGGCAACAUUGGAUUUAGUGGGCUCUGGAACGGACUCCCAGUAAGAAUUGUUAUGAUUGGAACCUUAACUGCGUUCCAGUGGUUGAUCUACGACUCAUUCAAAGUGUACCUGGGUUUACCAACAACGGGAGGUCAUUGA